AUGUCAAAUUUAAUAGUAUUAGUAGCUGUUUUGAUGCUUUUAUUGUUUUAUAUUACUCCCGUUCAUUGCCAAUAUGGAAGCUUUACAAAAGUUUGGAACACUUCAAAAGGAGGGAAUCCUGUGAAGGGUCAUUCAUACACAUUUUUUCCUUUAACUCCUAUAAUCACAGAUGCAGUGAAUAAUUGUUUGGUUUAUCGAAACGGUUUAGGAGAUGGUACUUUUAAAUCAUAUCUUGCCACUGUCGAUUCAAAACAAGAAUUGGAUUUUAUUAAACUCAGUUGGGAUCCACCUACAUGGGUAUCUGGUAGCGAUAUUAGAGGGAAUGGUCAUUAUUCCUAUUCAACUGGACCACAAACAAAUCAACCAUUAUUUAAUAUGUAUACUGGUCAAUGUUUUGGAUAUUGUCCAUUCAAUGCAGGUGAUCCAUCUUUAACUCCUGUUGGAGAGAAAUAUAUUUACAUGAGAGGAAAUAAUCUUCAGAAUGCUGGUGUUAGAUAUGAUGCUCUAGUAAUGUGUGAAAUACAACCAAUUUCAGAAGUAUAUAUUCCAUCAAUUGGUACAAAUGGAGGAUCAAUAACAAUCAACAAUCUAACACAAUUCUACAUACAAACAAUCAAUAUUACAUUUUCUAAUCAAUCCAAACAACUCUCAAAAUCAUGUCAUAUAACACUCAAGCAAGGAACAUCAGUCACUUGUAUAGUUCCUCUAUCUGGAUUUCAUAAUGUAACUGUCCAAGAUGCUAGUGGAGUCAACUCGACACACUAUUUAUGGAAACCAUAUCCACCAUUUAUCAAAGCUGUGUAUCAAUCAUUCACAACAAAUGGAUUACAUUGA